AUGCUCCAUCGUACUAGUGUCUCGAGGAUACUACCACCAACCCAGAUCCUCUCCAUCACCACCACACUCAUAAUCCUCCUAAGCGCCCUCACCCUCACCACAGCCCAACAACCAAAAUCAACCGUAAUAAUCACCAUAAUAGCACCACCAACCGCCACCCAACAACCCCCAUCUUACACCUCCCCGGCGCUCUUCCAAUCCUCCAUCCUAGACGUCAGCAACACCUACCGCAAAGCUCACAACGCAAGCAACCUAAUCUGGAAUAUGACAUUGACUCAGUACGCUCUCGAUUGGGCACAGGGUUGUAAAUGGCAGCAUUCGAACGGCCCCUACGGCGAGAACCUCGCCUUCGGGUACCCCAACGUCUCGUCUGCCGUAGCCGCCUGGGGUGACGAAGUCCAAAAGUACAAUUUCCAGGAACCGACGGGGUUCACGGAGGAGACGGGGCAUUUUACGCAGUUGGUGUGGAGGGAGACGAGGGAGAGGAGUGAUGGUGGAGGAGGAGGUGGUGGUGGGAUAAAUGGAACGGAGAGACCGCAGGGAUGGUAUGUCGCUUGUGAAUACUCGCCUAGGGGCAAUAUCAUUGGGGGCAAUAAGAAGUUGGGGGAUAAGGAGUUCUUUAAGAUUAACGUGCAGCCGUCGAGUACUUAUUCCGGGCCGUAUAAUACGGGAUCGGCUGGAAAUGGGGCCGCGAGGUUUGGUAAUUGGGAUAUGGAUAGUGGUAUAAACCGAACUUGA